AGGUCUGGGCUUACACUCCUCCCCAGGGGACGGCCGGCGUGUUCACGGGGAAACGGCAGCAUGUUAAAGAUAAGCAAGUGCAAAGGAAGAUUCGCCGGCUGGAGCUGUUUUCCAGGUUUGAUGAGGGCAUUCAGCUCGACGAGGAGAUGUGGUGAUCCAAGUCGCGCGGAACUAGCUAAGGCAAAUGCCGGUGUUUACGGGCCUGUAGUGGCUUCGCGCCUGGACUUCAUCAUUGGCGACUUCGCGACGCUUACGUCGCGCCAGCUGCGCAGAGGCGCACUUGAUGUUGUUUUCAUGUCGCCUCCAUGGGGGGGCCCUGGCUACAACGCGAGGGAUGUGUUCGAUUUAAGCAAGAUGGGAGGCAGAAUUGACUUCAACCAUGCGCUCCGUCUCGCCCAGAGGGUAGCACCUCGCGUUGCUGCCUUCUUGCCCCGUUCAGUCUCCCUCUUACAGCUGCUUCGUGCCGCCGCGCUUUUCACCCUUAGGAGCCCCACUCUAGGGUACAGUGCGGGCUGCCCCCGUGGCGGCUUCAACGGCAGAGCUCGCUUCCCUCCUGCAGCAAGCGCUGCUGCAGAAGAUUUGCCAAAGGCUUGCCACGGAGAAGCGGCCUCAGCUUCUUUGCAUGAGGCGCAUCGUGUGCAGGUUGAACUGGCGCUGUGCCGCUCAAGGCGAGAAGCUGGAAGUUGUGCUUUUGAUGCGCUUCGCACCUGUAAUGAUCUCGAACGCCUGUCUGCUGGCCUUUGUAAGGUCGUUAGUAGAGCGUUGCCUACUGAGAAAUGGUGUUUCGCCAGCGCUGCACGAGAACAGGAGGGUGAGCCCUACCCGAAACGCAGAACGAUCGCUGUCUCGAAAUCUGAGGGACAACUUCAUGACAAAGUCUUGCGCCCUACAGCCCAUGAACGUCGCUGGGAAGCUUCAGAGGCAGCUGAAGAGGAACAGCGACUGUUUGGAAUCGAAUCGGAGCUCGACGCGUGUGGCAGCCUGCAAAAGUUAGUAGCAGAGUGCAGGAGGGUGUAUACACAAAUCGACGAUUCUCCAAGGGAUUGGCGCUGGCUUCCCGUAGACCUACUGUGGGCGGCUACUCCAUUAACGAAAGGCUUUAUCAGAGAUCCGUUUCAUCGUUUGAACCGACGCUUGCAUGCAGCACGGGAACAACAAGAAUGCCUGGAUUCCCAUAAGGAGGCCGAAGAACCCUCAUUGGAAACGCCCCCUCUGCUCGCCGAGCUACAAACCUCUCCAGCUCCCUGUGUCUGCCAUCAAAUUGCCUGCUGGCGCUGGCGGGCUGUCGGGGUGACUGCUUUCUUCGGAAAUUUUGAAAAGAAGGAGUAUGACGCGAACGAAGGAGGCGCGGUUGCUAUCAAUGAUCCUCACUGUUCAGGCUUUCCGAGUUGUAGCCACAGGCCCGUCUCUUUUCAUGAGCAGCAUGGCCUUCUGCAGGAUGAAGGGCAGAGAAGCCUUUCUGAAAAGAAACGGCUUCGCAAGGAAGUAAAGUUCGUAUUCAAGGCCCUUCUGCAGGACGCUCUUGAGUUAGCUGGUAUGGAAAGCCCGGACUCUCUACUCAAGACGAAUAUGCAGCACCCAGCGUCUACACCAGGAGUGCAGCGUGAGAAGGCCAGUAUUCAGUCAGGAAGCACAAGGAGUGGACCGACUUCGGAUCAGGAAGACAUGGGACGGGAUUCAAACAAAAACGAAGACACAACCCUGCCGGAUGAAGCUGCAGCACAAGCUUCAGCUCAGCUCUUGGCGAGCAGUAUCGCAUGCUUCGCGCGGCAGACGUUUGCGUCCCUUUCUUAUUCGUCUGAGAGGUUGUGCAAUUGCUUUUACUCGAACGCAGACGCAGACCAGCACGGAAUUCAAGGGAAAAGGCAGUUUCUGGACGGUGUUUCAUCCACUUCAGAAGCAGACAGUAAAAACUGCUCACAGGCAAGUGCCGAAGUGGCCCGAGAAGAAUUAAAGGCCUUUGCCGAUCGCCUGGUGUCCGCCGCCACGAAGAGAAUUGUUAAGGCCAGGAACGCUUUGUUUAGCAGGCGGUGGAGUUGCAUGCGGAAAGAAGACUCAGGUUUGGUGGCUGAACCGUGCAACGGCUUAAGAGCAACUCGUAGAUGGAAGUCGUUUCUCCGGAACGAAUGUGAAAAAGUCGUACACUGCUACUUCGCUGCUGCCAGUGGCUGCUCAGCAACGCUCCGUGUAGCCCUCCCCCAGCCAGUCGCAAAAAAGGGUAGGAAGAAAAAAAAGCGGGACUCCGCACCUCCAGUGUCAGCCAAGCCUUUGCCUUCGCCUAAUCGAUUAGACUUUCUUCAGCGCGUCGCAAAUGCGUAUGUGGCGUCCUGUUUGCUUCCCGAAAUACCACAAAUAGUCGAAAAGCAAGAAUUCUUCAAGCCAGUCCCUGCUCAGGAGCACGCCCUUGAGUUCUCCGGUGGUGUCUCAGGGAAUUCGUGCUCCGGAAGCAAGGCAGUAAGAGACAGCGAUGCGGAAGGCGGCUUGCCACAGUGGUCUCCAGAGGAGGUCCUCCACUGGCAGUUUGGCUGCAGUAUGUGGUGUAAUUCUUCGUUGCGAGUCCUUGUAGCGCAACGAUUGGCACCAUUGCUCGAGCUUAGUCCACCUAUGGGCCCGCAGAAAAACAAGGACAAGUAA